AGUGUGCAAUGUUGUUUAUUUAUAUAAUAAAAAAGUGUAUUAAUAUUAAAAGAAAGUACUAAAGUUAUUUUCUAAAUGUUUCUAAAAUGACUUUCCUGAAUAUUCAUGUUUAAAGCUGAAGGCGUGCUGAGUGUUCUUUUUCUCAGCGGGGCCUGGCUAUUUUAUUUAUUUAUUUAUUUAUUUAUUUAUUUAUUUAUUUAUUAAUAAAUAAGGGUACUGUGCACUCAAUCAUUUUUUGCUUUGUUCGGGUUGGAUGACGUUCAGCAGUGAAUUGGCGACAGAAUUUUCUUCGACCAUCUGAUUGGCCCAGGCUUUUACCCGCCCCUCCCGGAAGAGGUGCCAUGAUUUUCCCAUGUGAUAAAAUGAAAAUAAUUCUACACUCGCGGUGAGUAACUAUGACGACUGCAUUCAGCAGCGAUGGCGCCCAGGCGAUCCAGCGGACCCUGGGUACCCUGGCAACAGUUGGCAGUGCUGGUGUUGAGGCAUUGGAUGAGGUGUAUCGGAUUGAGGAGACCUGCACCUUCAUCUUGCAGAAUGAACUACACAAGGUAGCGUUGCAGUUCUCUGAUGACCUACUGGUGGAUUCAGCUGCAGUAGCUGCAAAACUUGAGAAGAACACUGGGGCAAAAAUGUAUAUACUGGGAGAUACAUCAUAUGGCAGCUGCUGUGUGGACGAGGUUGCAGCAGAGCAUGUUGGAGCAGAGGGGAUUAUCCACUAUGGGAGAGCAUGUCUCAGCCCCUCUAGACGGCUGCCAGUGAUGCAUGUGUUCGGUAGGAAGGCAGUUGACCUUGAGAGAUGUGCAGAGUCCUUCAGAGAACACUACCCUGACACACAGAGCCAUGUGAUUAUACUCUAUGACGUUGUCUAUUUCUUCAUCAUGGGUAGUCUGCAGCAUAUCCUUGAAUCUGAAUAUGCCAAUGUUGUCAUGUCCCAGAUCAGCACAGAUGGGACCCAGUGUUAUAGUCCCAGGCAGACAGAUAAACCCCAUGAAGCGGCCCAGGCUGAAACUAAUCCGAACCAGACAGAUGCCCAGUUUGUUCGGAAAUUCGGCCGUCAGUUUGCCUUGAGGGAAGGCUGCAGCUUGGAAGACUACAGAAUAUUUUACAUAGGCCAGGAAGGCGUAACCUUAACAAACUUCAUGAUGACCUUUAACCAGUGCUCCUUCUACACCUUUGACCCCGAGACGAGUGCUGGGAGGCUGGAGUCCGUGAACAUCAACAAGGCCCUAAUGAAGCGCUAUUACUUAAUUGAGAGGGCCAAAGACUCCAAAGUAGUGGGCAUUUUAGUGGGCACUCUUGGUGUUGCAGAUUACCUUUCCAUCAUUGACCAUCUAAAGGACCUGAUUAAAAAAGCAGGGAAGAAGAGCUACGUGUUUGUUAUGGGGAAGCUUAAUGUGCCCAAGCUGGCAAACUUUCUCGAGAUUGAUAUUUAUGUGCUGGUGGCCUGUCCAGAGAAUUCCUUCCUGGACUGCAGCGAGUUUUACAGGCCGGUGGUGACACCCUUUGAAAUGGAGGUAGCCUGUAACAAGAACAGGGAAUGGACUGGGGAAUAUGUCACCAGCUUCAGAGACUUGCUACCAGGGGCAUGCAGCCACGUUGAGUUCCCUAAUCCAGGUGCUGAUGGCGACGACACUGAUGUCUCACUGAUCACUGGGGCUCUGCGAUCCUCUUAUUGGAACAACUCAGAAUCCCAGGACAAUCUACCCAGUUCUUCUCUGGUUCAGAGAAACCCAACACUGACGGUGGCUCAGACAAACCCAGCAGCUUCCUUCUUGGCCUCUCGUAGUUGGCAGGGACUGGAACAGAAGCUGGGAGAGACGCCUGUGACCAAAGCAGUGGAAGGGAGGCGAGGAAUUGCUAUCGCCUACGAGGAAGAAGGGAAUAGCUAAAGCAGCAGGCUGCUCAGGACAUUGCAUCAUAAAACAUAUGUAUCUAUCACAAGAGAAGGGGUUAAGGUAGACUCAUGAUAUCCACGAACUUGCAAAGUGGCUUGACCUCGACAAUGUUGACAGUUUUCUGUCCAGAACCAAGCAACAACAUGGUAUCAGUCUACAAAUAUUCAUACAACUACCCCACCACGUAAAUAUUAAUGGUGAAUGAAUUCCAGUGGUUUUUAAAGGAAAUAGUUUGCAGUAUCAGGAAUAUAUGAUUCCUGGUGAAGAUGGACACUUUAAAGCGCAAGGGAUUUAAAAUAAAGAAAGCCACAGUGGACCGUUGGCAAGGGAAAAAGUAGGUUUAUACAGGGAUGGAAAUAAUACUUCUAUUCCGUAGCAGUUUCACCCUUUCCAGGUGUUACUAAGAGCUUGAUUAGCCACAGUGCAUAGGUAACAGACUCAGGUGUUUCUUAUUAGUCAUGGUAAAACCAGGAAUGGAUCAAACUGAUAUGCAAUGAGAGUCUUAUUUCCAUCCCCGGUUUAUAAAUAAUAAUUAAAAUAUGAAAGUAUGUUUUGACUUGUCAUGGCAGUAGGAAACAAAAAUUACAUUUUAUAUUUGUCACAGCACAAAUGAUGGUCUCUUAAAAUGAGUGGUAAGAUAAUGGUAAGCAGAUCCUCAACAGUCUGCCAGUCAUUGGCAGUGCAGAAAACAUUGUACUCAAGAUUGUUUAAUGUCAAAUUACAGGUUUCAUUUUUCCCAUCAUUAAAUGAAUUAAAUACAAAUAUAAAAAGACGUCUGUCAGAUGAAGGCAUCAUUGAGUGUGAAGGAACACUUAAUCACAGUCAACAUAAUUGGAUUUCUGGACUUUUUAUGUUUCUUUAAACCAGCCACCAAUAUUUCAACUGGUAAUAUACCUCAUAUUACCUCAAGAUACUGAUUAGAUUUUUUUUUUAGUGUUCUAGAAACUCCUCAUUCAAAACUGGACCCUUCAGUUUGAACUGUGACUGAAGAUGGCUGACAUUGGGGUCAUGUGACUUGUUUUCCGGUUGGUAAAGAACAAGUGCUUUGAGACGUUGGCUUUGUAUUGGCAUUGUUAUCGAAACCAUGCAUACAUAAUCGUUUGGUGACAUGGAGUUUCAUAUUGAGACUUUAUAUUGAGGUCAUAAUAAGUUUGGUUACAGCGACUACAGUACUGUAUGGUGCACAUCUUUAUUCUAUGAUUCUAUGAAUUGUCCAGUAAAAUGCCACACCUUUUUCACCUCUGCCCAUAUCAAUAAUACACAUAAUUUCACAUCAAUUAUCCAUUUUACCAAAUGGUUUCCUGGUUUUAUAGAAACAGGUGAAUAUAAUCUGACAUCUCCAUUCAUGACCUCAUUGCUCACAGUUGUGUACUUUACCUAUUGUGUGCUUUAGAUAUUUACUGUAGGUCAAAGCCUUGUCAGGAAUAAACUUGGAUCAGACUGUUGGUAUACAUAUCAUUGGGCAGUCGUGAGUAAUCAGUAUUGUAAC